UCUUGCAGCUGUAAAUUGCAAAUGUCUCCAUUGUGAGACAAAUAAAGGUUUUCUUAUCUUCUUAUGAUCUGAGAACCUACACAAAAAUAAGGGGGGAAAAACACCAUAUUUGGUACACAUUUAGAUUUUUUGAUUGAUAUUGUGAGUGUUAAGUCAAAGUUUAAACAGGGAAAAGUCAUAUUUUUAACAAGAUAAUAAAUACAAAUAAUGAUUACAAAUGUAACUUUAUCCUCAUAUUUACUCCCCCCCAUAAAAUUUAAUAAUAAAACAAGAAAAGAACUGAACUUUCUUCCUGUAAUAUCCCCUUUGUUAAAAACUAAAAGCAACACUUUAUUCUUGCAGCACGGUCAGAUUUAUAGAAUGAACAACAUUGGACUUUGAUGCCUUAUUUCUGUACCUCACAGUCGUAUCAGAGCUUUUACAUCACUUGGCUGAAAAGUAAGGUGGGCACGAUGGCGGAGCGGGCCGCCGGUAGUACGUCGGCCAUCUCUCCAGUGCAGCAGAUGCUGGCCUCUGGCACUGGAGCCCUCCUCACGUCUGUUUUUGUCACGCCUCUGGAUGUGGUGAAGAUCAGGCUGCAGGCCCAGCAGAGUCCCCUCCAUCAAGCUGUAACAAAUGAUGCCGCUUCCUGGGCUGGUGUCACUCACCCCUCCAAGUAUAGGUGCUUCCUGUAUUGUAACGGCUUGAUGGAUCACAUCUACGUGUGUCAGAAUGGAAGCAACUGCACCAGCUGGUACAAGCCGCAAUCACAUUUCAGCGGCACCUUGGAUGCUUUUGUGAAAAUCUCUCGCCAUGAAGGACUCAAGUCUCUGUGGAGCGGACUCCCACCCACGCUCGUCAUGGCCGUGCCCGCCACCGUCAUCUACUUCACCUGCUACGACCAGCUGCGGGACUUCCUGCGUUUCGGCCUGGGUUUCCACGGCAACCACAUCCCACUCCUGGCAGGAGGCCUCGCCAGAUUGGGUGCCGUGACGGUCAUCAGUCCACUGGAGUUGAUCAGGACCAAGAUGCAGUCCCGCCACCUGACGUACGGCGAACUGCGCGUAUGCAUCCGCAGCGCCGUGGCCCAGGGUGGCCUGAUGUCGCUGUGGCGUGGCUGGGGACCCACCGUGCUCAGAGAUGUUCCCUUCUCGGCAAUUUACUGGUUCAACUACGAGCUGGUGAAAGCCCGCCUCUGUCAACGAUCCCAAAUCCCCCAGGCCAACUUCGCCAUCAGCUUCACCGCAGGCGCCGCCUCGGGAACAAUCGCGGCCAUCUUGACACUACCCUUUGACGUGGUGAAGACUCGCAGACAGAUCCAGCUGGGAGAGAUGGAUGCGCUCGGAGCCCCGAUGAAGAAAACUGUGUCCACAUGGCGCAUCAUGAGGGACAUUUGGAGUGAGGUGGGCUACCGGGGGCUCUUUGCAGGUUUCAUGCCCAGAGUGAUCAAAGUGGCGCCAGCCUGUGCUGUCAUGAUCAGCACUUAUGAGUUCGGAAAGGCGUUCUUCCAGAAAGUCAACCGGGAUCGCGAGCCUGUGGCGUCCUAAAGGGACGACUGGAAUAUCUCGGGGAAUCUUUUUGUUUUUGUUUUUUUACAUUCGCCAUUUGGAUGAAGUUAAUGUUCAAACUGAGAUGGCGCUUUUUUUUUUAACACAAUUCAAUUUUACAUGUGUCCUACUGGGGUUCACGGUUGGUGUGAGUUCCAAACCACAUUCUACUGAUUAUAGGAUCCUAUUUUACAUUUAUGGACAAGUAGUUGUUUGAUGUACUAUAUCGACAACGGUCAAGAAGCUGCAUUUGUGACGCAAUGCCACAUGUGAAAUCCAUGACGAAAAAUUGCAUGAGCAAAGAAGCAUGACCAAGCUGCUGAAGAUGCAUGGACAUCGAAUCAUUCAUCGAUUCAGUCAUUCAUUCCUUCAGUGAGGGGCUCCGUGUAAGCUUCCUGGCCUGUAUCCAGGGAAACAUUUUGGACUUGACAUUUUCAAUGCACCAUUGGGCUCAUGUAGCACUUAUAGUUUUUAUGAAUGCCCUCAAACACAAAUGACCACAUUUUAACUCACUAAGCUGCUGGCUUCUCUUCCGUUCUUACAGUUGGAGCAAAGCCAUAGGACAUGACAGAAUCCAAACAAAAAAAGAAAAUGGACUUUUGCGCAAUUUGCAAACAAUGUCUGUCAAAACCUUGGAAUUUUCCAGACCAGAUGUGAAGAAUUUCUUACAACACUGUUUUAAAGUAUAAUUAUCUUGCCUUAAGGCGGAAUCUUUCAUUUUCUUCCAAUACAUUAAAUGGUAUCAUGAUGGCA